AUGCUAUUUCGAAGUAUCGAUGAAUUUGAAGAGAUUGUUUUCAGUGCUCGACCAUCGCCGAAUACAGUCAACGAUCCAUACUAUGAACGACAGAAGGAAGCUUAUCGUGAACUGCUCAGAACCGCCUUAGCUCUUAUCUCACAAAUGACAGAAACUCUAAACCAAGUAUUUGCUGAAUAUCGGAUAUUUAUCCAAGACUUAUGGGAAGCAAUUUCCAAUGGUCGAGAUUCAGCACCUAUCGUCGACCAUUUUCAACAACGAGUACAGGACUAUUUAAAACAAUCAUGGGAUCCUAUAUUUGCUCGUGCCAAUCAAAUGGUUCAAGACAUCGAACAAUUAAAGCAAAACUCAUAGUAAUAAAUAAGGGUAAGCUAUGGCAGCCAUAAUCGGUUUCCUCUCCGCUACGAGACUCAUUAGAUGACAUUCUUGCUAUUAAUAUUUGUUCAAUUGAUUAAAAUAAAAAAUUUUGAAAUAAAAUUCAAAAGAUUUGAAAAAAUAAAAUUCAUAAUUAAUAAAGAAAGAAUUGAAAUUCAGAGCCUCACACGAUCCGGAUUUCGACCUUGCUUAAGGGUCAUCCCCAGGUAUGUUUAGAAUUUCAGAAUAAUUACAUGCAAGUCUUUACUCGCUUAACAUACAUUAAGGUAGCAAAGGCUUAAACGUAAUUAACUAACAACCAUUAUUUAGAAGUUUGAGAUUGAAAGCAUCACAGGACGUUUUGACCUUGCUUAAGGGACUCGUCAGGUAUGUUUACAAUCUAUAGUACAUAUACCUAAUACUCUCCAAAUACCAUACUAUGGGCUAUUUAAUUUCAGUCUGAAUUUAUCAAAUAAAAAUAAUACUUGAUUUCAAACUGAAACGUGAGUCUAGGAGUGAGGGGGGGGAGUGACUGAGGGUGUGGGUGUUGGUCUGGGACCCACACCCACACCCACACCCA